GUGUUUGAAUUUCCUCUUCGAAACACUUGCUUCAAACAGUAAGCUCUCUGCCUGAGAUACAGUAACUGGCAUUAGCACAGUGUUAAGACCGAGCCUGGACCAACGGGUGGACCAUCCGCUCUUACGAAAUCCCCCAUCCUCCUCACCUUGCUCAGCAUCACCCCCACCUUGCUCAGCAGAGAACUACCAUGAUCUCACUGAUGUUGGGCCUCCUCAUGCUCAUGCUCAUGCUGUUACAUGGAGUAGUUACCUUUCCUCUUGAGCUCAACCCUCCCAGAGUGGUGGUGAGAUAUGGAGACUCAGUGUCAGUCAACUGCAGCACAUCAGCCACAGACCAUGAUGGGAUGGGCUGGGAGGCCACAUUCGGAGGUAUAAGUUUAGAACAAGAUGUCAACGUUGUCACCUGGACUGUGGAUAACCUUACUGAUUGGACAAUAGAACCCAAAUGCUACAUCAAUCUCAUUGAUGGCGAACAACCCUCAAUAGUACUUCCAGUCAUUCUCUACAAGACUCCAGACAGAGUCUCCAUCUCUGUUCUGAACCACUCUGGUCCCAUGGUGGAGGGGACACAGUACCAGCUGCAGUGUGACAUUCAGAACACCGCUCCUCUACAGAACCUGGUUGUGAAGUGGUACAAAGGGAAUGAAACCUUAGAUAUUGUAACUUACAGUAACAGACCAGAGGAUGUGUCAGCUACUCUGAUGAUCAGCCCCAAUAGAAAUGAUGAUGGAGCUCAGUAUAGAUGUAGAGCAGAACUGGACCUGGGACCAGAGGGACCACAACCCCAUCCUACAGUGACAUCAGAACCUCUCAGCAUUACUGUUCACUACGCUCCCGAGUUCCUUCCAGGAAAUGACACAGUGGAGGUGAGUGCAGGCAGUGAUGUGUCUCUGGACUGCAGUGCUGAGGGGAACCCUCCUCCUGAGCUGAGGUGGACCAACAACACUGCAGAGGGAAAUGCCAUUGAGACCACUGUGGGGCGCCUGCGUAAUCUCAAUAUCUCCAGAGUAACAGCUAAUGCAACUUACAACUGCACAGUCACAAAUAGACUGGGCUCCAUCACCAAGCAGAUACAUGUCCUAGUAGAUGUACCUCCACAACAACACCCAACGAUGUUCUCCACAGCACCCUCAACUCCAGACACUAUGACCACCCUUCCAGGAACAGCCAAGCCAAAAGUAGUUACCUUUCCUCUUGAGCUCAACCCUCCCAGAGUGGUGGUGAGAUAUGGAGACUCAGUGUCAGUCAACUGCAGCACAUCAGCCACAGACCAUGAUGGGAUGGGCUGGGAGGCCACAUUCGGAGGUAUAAGUUUAGAACAAGAUGUCAACGUUGUCACCUGGACUGUGGAUAACCUUACUGAUUGGACAAUAGAACCCAAAUGCUACAUCAAUCUCAUUGAUGGCGAACAACCCUCAAUAGUACUUCCAGUCAUUCUCUACAAGACUCCAGACAGAGUCUCCAUCUCUGUUCUGAACCACUCUGGUCCCAUGGUGGAGGGGACACAGUACCAGCUGCAGUGUGACAUUCAGAACAUCGCUCCUCUACAGAACCUGGUUGUGAAGUGGUACAAAGGGAAUGAAACCUUAGAUAUUGUAACUUACAGUAACAGACCAGAGGAUGUGUCAGCUACUCUGAUGAUCAGCCCCAAUAGAAAUGAUGAUGGAGCUCAGUAUAGAUGUAGAGCAGAACUGGACCUGGGACCAGAGGGACCACAACCCCAUCCUACAGUGACAUCAGAACCUCUCAGCAUUACUGUUCACUACGCUCCCGAGUUCCUUCCAGGAAAUGACACAGUGGAGGUGAGUGCAGGCAGUGAUGUGUCUCUGGACUGCAGUGCUGAGGGGAACCCUCCUCCUGAGCUGAGGUGGACCAACAACACUGCAGAGGGAAAUGCCAUUGAGACCACUGUGGGGCGCCUGCGUAAUCUCAAUAUCUCCAGAGUAACAGCUAAUGCAACUUACAACUGCACAGUCACAAAUAGACUGGGCUCCAUCACCAAGCAGAUACAUGUCCUAGUAGAUGUACCUCCACAACAACACCCAACGAUGUUCUCCACAGCACCCUCAACUCCAGACACUAUGACCACCCUUCCAGGAACAGCCAAGCCAAAAGUAGUUACCUUUCCUCUUGAGCUCAACCCUCCCAGAGUGGUGGUGAGAUAUGGAGACUCAGUGUCAGUCAACUGCAGCACAUCAGCCACAGACCAUGAUGGGAUGGGCUGGGAGGCCACAUUCGGAGGUAUAAGUUUAGAACAAGAUGUCAACGUUGUCACCUGGACUGUGGAUAACCUUACUGAUUGGACAAUAGAACCCAAAUGCUACAUCAAUCUCAUUGAUGGCGAACAACCCUCAAUAGUACUUCCAGUCAUUCUCUACAAGACUCCAGACAGAGUCUCCAUCUCUGUUCUGAACCACUCUGGUCCCAUGGUGGAGGGGACACAGUACCAGCUGCAGUGUGACAUUCAGAACAUCGCUCCUCUACAGAACCUGGUUGUGAAGUGGUACAAAGGGAAUGAAACCUUAGAUAUUGUAACUUACAGUAACGUCAGUAACAGACCAGAGGAUGUGUCAGCUACUCUGAUGAUCAGCCCCAAUAGAAAUGAUGAUGGAGCUCAGUAUAGAUGUAGAGCAGAACUGGACCUGGGACCAGAGGGACCACAACCCCAUCCUACAGUGACAUCAGAACCUCUCAGCAUUACUGUUCACUACGCUCCUAAGUUCCUUCUAGGGAAUGACACAGUGGAGGUGAGUGCAGGCAGUGAUGUGUCUCUGAACUGCAGUGCUGAGGGGAACCCUCCUCCUGAGAUGAAGUGGAACUACACCGCUGCACGCAAUGUGAAGUUGUCCACUGAGGGGCGCCAGAGGACUGUUAGAAUCACCACAGCUACGUCUACCAACGCUGGGAUCUACAUCUGCACUGCCACGAAUAUAGUUGGGACGGCCACCAGAACAACAACAUUAUUAACUAUGAAAGGUGGCUCCUCGAGUAUAAUUUAUAGAUAUUUGGUGAUUGUAGUUGUUUUCCUGGUUGUCCUGGUAGUCCUGAUAGUCUUCUGUAGGAGGAAGAAAAGACAAGGACAUUAUGAUUUCAUACCAGUCAACCAGCCAAACAACGUUCCAAUGAUGCCAAUGUCUACAACAGGGGAAGGCAACCAUGAUCCAGAGGGGUAUCCUACGAAGGUUUGAGGAGUUACCUCAGUAAAUUAGAUAAACUCUGAGUUCAACUCGGGAUAGCCAGUCAUAGGAGAGUGUCUCACCCUUUAGCCAGGUACAUUUCAGAACUAAUCAGCUCCUGGGCAGGCUAACUCGAGCCCAGUAGAGGUUACUGAGGGGAGGACGGUCCAUAAUAAUGGCUGGAACGGAGCGUGGAUACCAUUCCACUGAUUGCGCUCCAGCCAUUACCACGAGCCAGUCUUCUCCCGAUUAAGGUGCCAACAAUCUCCUGUGAACUCCUGACUGAAGUGACUGAGCCACGAGUUGAAGACCAAUUAAAUAUGAAUCCCUCCCGCUUGUAAA